AUGGCUCUCUCCUUCCCUUACACCUUCAUCUCCUGCCCCUGUUCAGAUGCUUCACGAAGGGCCCUCAAGUCGGGGCGGCUUUCGAGGGAGGUCGACUUGGAAGAAAUCCAAGGUGGAGAAGACACAUUCGAUCCCAGGGAUCCUCGUUCAGCAUUCUCUUUAUUUCCUCCUGAGCACUUGUUGUACUGCGAAGAAUGUCACGAGAUCAAGUGCCCCCGCUGCGUGACUGAAGAAAUCAACGCUACUUAUUGCCCAGACUGUCUGUUCGAAAGUCCCAGGGCAAUGGUGAGAGGGGAAGGGAACAGAUGUCCUCGAAACUGUUUUCAUUGCCCAAUAUGUAGGUCACAGAUGAUCACCACUUCUAUUGGAGACACGAAAGACGGUCCUUUCAUCCUAAACUGCAAUUAUUGUAUGUGGAAUACUCUUGACGUCGGGAUCAAGUUCGACAAGCCGACAGGCCUUCGUGGGCAGCUUGACGGACUAGCAAACGGCGGCUCACGCAAACCCUCUCAGCAGAAGCCACACAAUGAUCAAGAUUCUCUGGGCCGCAAGUCAUCAUUAUCUCGGCCUCCGUUGUCUCAAGAAGAGCUGGAGGCUACCUCGGAAGACAAGCAAGAACCAACGACACAAAUGUCAUUGGACGCCACAGCAAGAUUCAACGCUCUGAGGGCAUUCUACAAGGACCAGAUCGCAGAGUCGUCAGCCACAGAUGCUAGUUUCCCAGCGUCCGCGCUCGACAUUGCCUACUCAUCACCAUCAUCCCUCCAACGAAUCAUGAAUAUCUAUACCAACCGAGAAAACUCCAUGAAGCGAGCGAAACAGAAGCUCACGAUUAUGCGCGAGGCCCGGACAAGCAGCGAAGGCCUUCAGCUCCCCGGUCCCUCCCACCCUAAACCGUGUCAUUUCGACGAGACAACAACACCCUCACAGCGAAAAUUCCAGUACCCAUCCUUCAUCGGCAACACGCAAGCUCGUACAGUCACUGAACUCCGACCUAUGCCAACGCUCAUGCGCACAAAGCGUUCCAAACGAUGCGCAACAUGCAAGCACAUUCUCACCCGGCCAGAACUUAAAAUCUCCUCAGCCAGAUACCGCAUCAAGCUGAUCGCCCUCAGCUACGUCCCGUUUGUGAGCAUCAAGCCACUUCCAGUCCCGGGCGGCCUUCUCCCAUCGGGCCCAGAUGGAAGUGACGUAGUCCUCUUCCCAGGGAAACCUGUGCAAUUCAUCAUGACGCUGCGCAACCCCCUCUUCGACGACGUGUCUGUCAGCUUGGGAAGUCCAAAUACCACGCCAGGGAAGCACGGCCACCGAGUCACAAUCCUCUGCCCGCAAUUUCAGCUCGGCAAGAACAGUGACGCCUGGGACGAUGCAUUGAACACCAUGCCUAAACCGGCUCCAUCGGGUGAUGUUAACACAGCAGGCGGAGAACAAAUCGCGGGUAAACUGUACGACCAAGGACGAAAUUGGGCAAGCGUAGUCAUUGAAAUAAUCCCAGCGAGUAUCUUCAGGAAGCAAGGCGAGGAGCUGGACGAGGACGAGAAUGUCGUGGAGAUUCCCAUCCGGGUGAGGCUAGAGUGGACGGUCACGGAAGAUGCUGAUGCAGGGAUCGGUGAGAGGAGAAAGCGUGAUAGGGAGAAAGUGCUUGAUGAAGAUGGGGAGGCAGACGACGGGAAGAGGGAGUUGAGUUAUUGGAUGGUUCUUGGGAUUGGCCGGGUGGAUUGUUGA